AUGGGCUCAACAAGUCCACGACCCGUCCGCGUCGGCGGCGCAAGCGGCGGCUUCUCCGACCGCGUCCAAGCAAUCACCCAGCUAGCCCAGCACGGCGAAUGCGACAUCAUCGUAGGCGACUGGCUGUCCGAAAUGACCAUGACCGUGCACGGCGCCGGCAAAGCGCGCAACAAGGCUUCGGCCGCGUCCAAACCCCUAUCCCUAGAGGAACGAGUCAAGACGGCCAUGUUCGCCGAGAACUUCAUCGACUGCUUCGAGCCGGCUAUUCCGCAUCUGUACAACAACAAAGUCAAACUUGCCGUUAAUGCUGGCGCAAGCGACACGGAGAUCCUGGCGGAAUUGGUGCAGAAGAUGUGCGAAGACGCGGGGUGCCCGAUGAAGGUUGCGUGGGUUGAAGGCGACGAUGUCACGGAUGCGGUGCAGGAGCUUGUUGCGCAGGGCGAGCAGUUCGAGAGUCUGGUGCACGGCAGGAAACUUGAAGAAUGGGGGUUCGAGCCGGUCUGUGCCCAGGCGUACAUGGGCGGCUUGGGGAUCGCCGAAGCCCUGAGGCAGGGGGCCGACAUUGUCAUCUGCGGGCGCGUUGCCGAUGCCUCCCCGGCGAUUGGGGCGGCGGCGUGGUGGCAUGGCUGGGCUGCUGAUCAGUUCGACGAGCUGGCUGGAUCUCUUGUUGCGGGCCAUUUGAUUGAGUGUGCCUCGUAUGUUUGUGGGGGGUAUUACUCGGCGUUCAAGGAUAUUCUGAAGGCUGGGAAGCACCUGAAUGUCGGCUUCCCGAUUGCGCAUAUUGACCACCGCGGUGAGACGCUUCUGACGAAAGAGGCGAAUACUGGGGGUGUUAUCACGGUUGGCUCGGUGACCUCGCAGCUGGUGUACGAGAUCCAGGGUCCGUUGUAUUACAACUCCGAUGUCACGGCCCAGCUGGAGGGCAUUCGGAUGGAGCAGGUUGGUGAAGACCAGGUGCGGAUUACAGGCGUCAAGGGGCUUCCUCCUCCGCCUACAGCCAAAGUUGGCAUCACCGCACCAGCGGGCUACCAAGCGGAAUACCACGUGUACCUCGUGGGCCUGGACAUCGAAGAGAAAGCCAAAUUCACCGAAGACCAAAUCAAAGAAGCCCUGGGCCCCGAGCGGCUCGCGAAAUUCUCCCUGCUCAAGUUCCACGUCAACGGGUCCUCGCCCAUCGACGCCCGCAACCAGGAUCUCGCGACUGUGGACUUCCGCAUCUUCGCCCAGUCCCCGGACAGGGAACUACUGCGGAUGACCAACCCAGACGGUUUCUUCCGAAGGUCAAUGGUCACCUUCCUCGAGGGCGUCCCGGGCGCAUCCCUGGGAAACGACAUGCGACAGGCCGAGGGCAAGCCCUACUACCGCUACUGGCCAGCCCUCAUCCCGCAAACCGCACUGCGACAACGCGUCCAUAAUCUCUACGACAACCGCGUAACAGACAUUCCCGCGCCCAAGAUUACGCGCGAGUACCCCCGGCAGCAGAAGAGCUACGAGACAACUAACCCCGUCGACCUGUCUACCUUCGGCGAGACGGUCCGCGCACCGUUGGGCUACAUCGUGCUGGGCAGGGGCGGGGACAAAGCGUCCGACUGCAACAACGGGUUCUUCGUGCGGCACGACGACGAGUGGGACUGGCUGCGGAGCUUUUUGACGAUCGACAAGAUCAUCGAGUUGUUGGGGCCGGAGGAGUACAAGGGCAAGCCGAUUGAUCGGUUUGAGAUCCCGGCGUUGAGGACGGUGCACUUCUUGCUCAAGGACCAUAUGCAGGGGGAGUAUAACUGCUGCUCGAGCUAUGAUACGCUGGGGAAGAACUGUAUGGAGUAUCUGAGGGCGAAGACGGUGGAUUUGCCGAAGAGGUUCUUGGAGAGGGGGAGGGUUUAG